CACGACGCACGGAAAACAUUUCUUACCGGCUCCGUGUCUUUGUCCACCACCUCCCUGCUGAAGCAACAUCCACAGCAACACCAUGGCGACUGUUGUCGACACCAAACUAUACGACAUCCUCGGAGUAUCUCCAUCCUCAACUGAGAAUGAGCUGAAGAAGGCCUAUCGAAAACUGGCAAAAGAAUACCACCCUGACAAGAACCCAAAUGCCGGAGACAAGUUCAAAGAAAUAAGUUUUGCCUACGAGGUGCUGACCAACCCUGAAAAGAAGGAACUUUAUGAUCGCUAUGGAGAACAAGGAUUGCGGGAAGGAGGUGGGGGUGGGCCAGGGAUGGACGAUAUCUUCUCCCACAUCUUUGGCAGUGGACUUUUUGGAUUCAUGGGAGGCCAGGGCAGCCGCUCCAGGAAUGGAGGUCGACGAAGGGGAGAGGACAUGGUCCAUCCACUCAAGGUGUCAAUGGAGGACCUUUACAAUGGGAAAACAACUAAACUACAGCUUAGCAAGAAUGUACUGUGUAGCACUUGUAAUGGGCAAGGAGGCAAGACAGGCGCUGUUCAAAAAUGUACAACAUGUAGGGGGCGUGGUAUGCGCAUCAUGAUCAGACAGCUGGCUCCAGGAAUGGUCCAACAGAUGCAGUCUGUGUGCACUGAUUGUAAUGGAGAAGGAGAAGUUAUAAGUGAGAAAGACCGCUGUAAAAAAUGUGAGGGAAAGAAAGUGAUUAAGGAGGUCAAGAUCCUGGAGGUACACGUGGACAAAGGCAUGAAGCACGGCCAGAAAAUUACCUUUGGAGGGGAGGCUGACCAGGCACCUGGCGUCGAGCCUGGGGAUAUAGUUCUUGUCCUGCAGGAAAAAGAUAAUGAGAUAUUCAGGCGAGAAGGCAACGACCUGUUUAUGAACCACAAGAUCGGGCUGGUGGAGGCGCUGUGCGGCUUCCAGUUCAUGGUCAAACACUUAGACGGGCGGCAGAUUGUUGUGAAGUAUCCUCCUGGAAAAGUCAUCGAACCAGGCUCGGUCAGGGUGGUGCGAGGAGAGGGCAUGCCUCAGUACCGAAACCCCUUUGAGAAGGGGGAUCUGUAUGUUAAGUUUGAUGUCCAGUUCCCCGACAACAACUGGAUCAGCCCUGAGAAACUCGUGGAGCUGGAGGACAUGCUGCCCUCAAGAUCUGAGCCGCCCAUCAUCACUGGAGACACAGAGGAGGUGGACCUGCAGGAUUAUGAUGUCAGUCAGAGCUCGACGUCGGGGGGCCGCAGGGAGGCCUACAACGACAGCUCCGAUGAAGAGGGUGGCCACCACGGGCCAGGGGUGCAGUGCGCCCACCAGUAGUCUCACGCUCUCCCAAACACACACACGUUGUACUUGGGGAGAAAAUGUAUGAGUUGCAGAGUAAACAAGGAGGUAGGUGAGACUGAAAAGGUUCUAAAGUUCCUAAGACACAAAUCAAAUGAACAUAUUGAAUCACAGCACCUGAAAUGACUAUUAUUAACUUAUGUGCUGGGAUUAUUUUGAUCUUUGUCUGAGGAACUGGCACUGGGGCAGCCUACGACUUAUCACACUGCUCAUGGAACAGAUUUAGACACUUUAAACAGCAACUUCAGGUAGAAGUCAUAUUAUUUAAGAUAUAGAAAGAGCUCGGUUGCCCCCAGUGAAAGCCAUGCCGUGUAGGACUGUGAUCUGGUGUUCAAGAUGAACCCCUCGCCCCCUUACUCCUGUUACCCUUCCCCCAACUAAAGCCCAUUUCCCUCCCUCAUGGGAACUCCAGAUCAAUCAAAGAAAGGAAUGUUUCUUGUUUGCUGAGUGUGUGACUUGCAUUUUGUUUUCAUAGUAUUUACAAUAAUUAAUUUAAAAACUAACUGAUGUGUAUACACAGACAAAGCAGCUGAGUAAUGUGACGUUCAGAUCCUCGGACAUGUGUAUUCAUGGAUUCAUCUACUCGGCGCCAUUUGUAGGAUUUGCUUUGACUUUUUACAGCUUUAUUUUCUUUGUAGGUUUUUACUUUUUUUCCCUUUUCUUUGUAUUUUAAUUCAGAUUGAACAUUGGUUAUUGUGUUUAUCAUUGACCUGGUUGUUGGUAAGCUUCUUCAGCUGCUGUAUUCAAAAGCUCUGUGAUUUUUAAAAAAAGAAAAAGUGAAAUGACAAACGUAUAUCCUGUAUCUGUGCUGAGACAAUGUGCAUGUAAAAAAAGCUUUGGCUCCCUGCACUUACCAAAUGUCAAGAGAAGCAGCACACUUCUUUAAAAAAAAAUGUCCAUGAAGUUGUUGAAUAAAUUGUUGAAAUUUCA